AUGGCCUCGAAUAACCCCUACAACCCCGCCAACGGGCCCUCGGGACCCCACGGCAGUUCCAGCAUGGAUGAAGACGCUAAACUAGCUGCCAAGCUCCAAGCCGAGGAAGAUGCUCGCGCGGGGACCCGAGACGUCGGAGGAGGGGGGCCAGGUGCUUCAUCGGACUAUUACAAUAACAACAAUGCCCAGCCGCAGUCGAACACUCCCCCCUACGCUGGCGGAUCACAAAGUCAAAGUCCGAUGCCGGAGCAGAAGCGCAGUAAGGGUGGGUUUUUGAGUAAAUUGAUGGGCAAGGCUUCUGGUAGCUCGGGUAUGGGUUCAAGUUCAUCACGACCAUACCAGCAACAACAGCAGCAGUAUUAUCCGCAGCAGCAGGGUGGUUAUGGUGGUGGGUAUGGUGGUGGUUAUCCCCAACAAGGCCCGCCUAUGGGAUACGGUGGAUAUCCCCAGCAGGGAGGAUAUGGGGGCUACCCGCAGCAGGGAUAUGGUGGUGGAUAUCCCCCGCAGCAGGGGUAUUAUCAGCAACAGCCGCAGCGGAGAACGGGUGGUGGUGGAAUGGGGACGGCUGGUGCGGCGGCACUGGGUGUUGGUGGUGGGUUGUUGGGUGGAAUGUUGAUUGCGGAUGCGAUUGAUGAUCAUGAGGAUCAUGACAAUUAUGAUAAUGGUGGUGGGUAUGAUGAUGGUGGUGGUGGUGGUGAUUUUGAUGGUGGUGGUGAUUUCUAG